CAUACCUUUAUUUUUUCACUGUCUUUGACGUUUACAUCACUUCAUCACUUGCGUGAGGUUAGGUCACCAUCACUUGACUAUCACAUGAUCAACCAAUCUUUUGGUGAUUGGCCCUCACUACUCAAAGUAGUUCAAAUGCGCCAUUGUCAAUUUUGACGUUGACAUAAUUUUGCAUUUUGAGUUUGAUGUUAUUUUGAUAAUGGAACAAUGAAAAAUUCUCAGAAAUUUGUAAAAACAUGUCAGAUUUAGUAGCGAAGUGCGUAUUACGUGUAGAAGUAAAGGAAGACAAUCAGGAUGAAGGUAAUUUAAAGCACUAUUCAACUGGAUCCUUCUAUCAGACAUACAUAUCACUUUUUAGAAGCUAGAGGAGCUGAAGCUGUGUCAAAGACUACUGAUAGUAAACAUAAAAACAGGGGGCAAAGAAAAAUACGUGACAUUAGCGUCGAGACGUUUCCUAGCUCCUUAGAAAGUCCCAGAGAAGACUGGGGGCUGCUACCCCCUUCUUCAAGAGAGACAACAACUGGAAAUGAUAUAGAAAAGGACCCUAGUGAAGAGAAGGUAGAAAUUGGAUUUUUCAGUGGAAAUCCUUUUGUAGAAAUCACCAAGGGUAUUUUGCAUCUAUAUAAAGAAGAUGUCUUGAGUAGCAGAAAAGAAGCCCUUACACUGUGCUUACUUGGUGUACCAACAUCACUGGCAUGUCAUGAUCUGCUUACAUUCACAGCUCCUUGCCAUGAUGAUAUCUCACACAUUAGGGUUCUUAGAGAUUCUUCUCCAAACCAAUACAUGGCUCUGUUAACAUUUAGAAACCAUGAUGCAGCUACGGAAUUCUUCUUGACAUUUAAUGGGGCCCCAUAUAGCACCUUAGAACCUGAGACAGUUUGCAGAAUUGUUUGGGUGUCAAAAGUGGAGUGGGCCCAGGACGGUUUGCCCCCACCUGGACACACUGAGCUACCCAUUUGUCCGGUUUGCCUUGAAAGAAUGGAUGAAUCAGUUGAUGGUGUGUUGACAAUUCUGUGCAACCAUGCAUUCCAUGCUGACUGCCUGGAACAAUGGGGAGACUCCACAUGUCCAGUUUGCAGAUGCGUCCAGAGUCCAGAAACUGCUGAAGCUUCUGAGUGCGAAAGAUGUGGUACCACUGCUCCAUCGCCAGACUCGCUCUGGAUCUGUCUUAUUUGUGGACAUGUGGGUUGUGGAAGAUACCAAGGCGGACAUGCGGCGUCUCACUACAGAGAAACGGGGCACUGCUAUGCCCUCCAAUUGGGCUCUCAUCGUGUGUGGGACUACAAAGGAGACAAUUUCGUACACAGAUUGCUCCAGAAUAAAGCUGACGGUAAACUGGUAGCCUCAGAAGCUCCACUUGCAGAAUCGGAAGAGGCUCAGGAAAAAGUUGAUUCGGUGCAGCUGGAGUUUACUUAUCUGCUGACGUCGCAACUAGAAGAGCAGAGGAUGUAUUUUGAGGAAAAAAUGGCAAAACUGGAGAGUCAGUUGUCGGUAGAAACGAAGCAUUUGCGUGAAGAAAUAAUGGAUAAAUCGGAGGAAAACAAACAGUUAAGAACGAAAUUGACCACUCUUAGUAAGGAAAAACAGGCUUUAGAGAAGAAGUUACUGCAGCAAAGCACAAAGUUAACUGCGACUUUGAAUGAGUUAAAUGAAGAGCGGCAGUUGGGUAAAGCAUUAAGAAACAAUCAACAGCAAUGGCAGGCUAAAAUAACAAAGCUGGAGGAAUCAUUAAAUGAAUUAAAAAUUACGAAAGAUAAGGAAAUUGCAGAUCUGAAAGAGCAGGUCUGUAACGAGAUCUUGGAGAGAAAUUAUUUAUAGUAGCUACCUUAGAUUGUCCCUAAUGCAAUGAACAUCAUUGUCAGGCUAUUGUAUCUUUGCUAGACUUGCGUAGAUCUGCGCAGAUACGCGUUUUAAGGGGUAGACAUUUCUCUAUUGCUUCAGUAAAAAUACCAAUAAUUUUCUCAAACUUCAACUCAACAUUCAAGUCAGUGUUAUUAGAGACUUUCCAAACUGUUGUAGGGCAUGAAGAGACCGUCUUCCGUGAUGGGUCGGUAGGUGAUUCGUUUAAAAUUACAUUGCCUUUUGGAUAUCAAAGAACUUGGGCUUAUGAAAUCUGCUUUUAUGGAUGGUGGUAAAGAUGUUGUCAAUUCAAUUGAACCCCCUUGUGUUAGCAUUGAUUAAUUACAUGAUUCAUACCAUAGGAGUUGAAAAAAUUUGUAAGUUGAGCUACCUGCAAAUCAUUGCUACCCAAUCUGACAUUAAAGUCACCAGUUACAAUAACAUCCUUCUCAUAGUCAAGCCUGUCCAAUGUGUCCGCUUUCCGGAGAUCUGUAGAUUGUAAGAAUUUGAACAUUAUCACGACGUAUGCCUGCUAUCUCAAUUGUUAAUUCCUCAGCCUCUCUAAAUGUACUUGAUUUCAAAGGUUAUCCCUUACAUAAAUUACAACACCACCAUGCACAUUGUCUGCUCUACUGAAACUAGAAAAAGCUUGAUAACCAUCCAUUUAGACGUAGUCAACACCUAAAAAUCAAUGUUCAUUUAAGCACAUUACGUCAUACUGAGACUGAGCCAAACAGUGCCAUUUGGUCAACUUUUCGACGAAGGCUUUGUACAUUAAGAUGCAGAAGUUUAACCAUGUCUUCCUCAACAACUCUACAAUAUUUACUUUUACAUGUUACCCUAGAAGGUGGAGUGUUACGAUGCAGAACGUUAUUGAUCUUAGAGCUUAAGAAAAAACUGGUCUUUAUCAAGCGCUUGAUCAAACUCAACAGUUUUUGAUUGAUAUUUAAUUAGGAAACACCCUUUAUUCUUAUAAUCCCUGUAACUGUGCGCACCUAAUAAACUUUCACACAUUGAUGUCCCUGUAUAUUUGACCUACGGGUAGAAUGAUUUUCGUUACCCGCGUGGAGAAAUAGGUUUGUCGCUGCCGCUGCGCUGGUGACUCAGCGACUGUGUGUUUCGGUGGGAUCGCCAUUCCGAUAGCAACGUGGCCUUUGCUUGUCGAAUGGUUUGGAGCUGGGGAAAUUUGGUUCCUUCCAACAAUGAAUUUCUGUUGAUCAUUAAUUAUUUUUGCCACCAUUUUUUAUUUUAAUUUAUGUUUUCAGGUCAGGGAUCUGAUGUUUUUCAUUGAUGCCCAAAGGAUAAUAGAAAAGUCUGACGAUAAAGAAGAAAUUGCGAGUGGAACCGUUACUAUUGGUGAAGCACCAAAGGCUGUGAAGAAACGGUCGAAAAAGAAGAAAUAAGUGUGAACUAAAUGCUGAUAUUAAUAAAGUAUUCAUCUUAUGCUUUCUCUAUCUGUAAGUUAAAAUAAAGUUUAUUGCAUAAC